AUGGCCGACGUGCGGGAAGAGGAACACCACGUCGCCCACGGGCGGGAGGCCUGGGGGGAAGAGCAGGAAGAGGAGGAGGAGUACGACGAGGACUGCGAGGAGGGGAGCGACGCCGCGGACGAGGACGCGGACCAGGGCGCCGAGUGCUUCGGCAUCUACAACGCCAGCGAGAUCAACGACCAGGUGUUCGAGGAGCUGUUCCUGCCCCCCGCGCUGGUGGAGGAGGUGCAGAACGCGUGGAGCCUCUUCCUGCGCAACGCAGAGUCGCGCGAGUCGGCCGGCGAGGCUGUCUAUGCGGCGAUCUUCGACUCUGCGCCAAGUCUGCAGAAUCUCUUCAAGACACCGCGCGCCGUAAUGGCCAUGCGGUUCACGAACGGCCUCAACCAGAUCAUCAGCCAGUUGGGCAACCCCAGCGCCCUGAAGAUAUUGGUCGAGACGCUCGGCUUCCAGCAUCUCGACUUGGAGGUGACCGCGCCCCGCGUCGUCAUGUUUCGCGAUGCGAUUGUGGAUCUGCUGCAAGUGGAGCUUGGUGAGCACAUGAGUCAGAGCGCACACUUAGGCUGGGACGUGAUGCUAAACUACGUGGGUGGCGCAUACAUUUACGUCCGUGUGAAGUACACCGACAGGGUUAAGAUUUUGGCUUCGAGCUGGGCCAUCGCCAACAAUAAGCAUGAGCUCGAGGCGGAAGAAGAUGAUAUCGAGGGCUCCUUUGGCAGGGAAUCGGAUUCCGCUGAAAUGUCAGCAGAGGCCAGGCGUGUUGAGGAGGAGGAGGCUGCUAAGUUGAAAGCGGCAACCGAGAAGAAGAGCUAUUUUCAGAAGGGCAUGGAACACAUGAAGGGUAACAGUAAAUCCUCCAGUGGCAGUGGUGGCACUGAUGUAGAGGCAAUGGGACGCGGGAAGACGAACAAAUCGAAUGGUUCAGACGGCGACAGCUUCAAGAAUACGUCGGUGCCAACUACGUACGUCGACAUGUUCGCUUUUAACGCUGCCGUCAUGGGUUUCGGGCGAAACAUCUGGAUGAACGAGGUCCUCGCGUCAUUCGAUACGAUAGUGAUGAACGUGUCUAAUUCGUACCGCCUGCAGGAGGAGUGCGACGUGCUGUCGUUGCGGAUGGCGAAGUACAGGGGCACCGUGAACCUGUCGGAGUACAAGGCAGUCAUGCUGGCAUCUCUACGCUCCUUGGUGCCCAAGGGCUGGAACUCCGACCACGAGGUCGCCUGGUCGUGGUUGUGGGAGAACGUGGAGCGCAUGCUGAAAUCGAUGAUGGGCAAGCCAGCGAACAUGGAAAGGUGCCUCGCGCGCCUCUGGGCCGGCCUCGACGAGGCAGGCCAGGCCACGGUGCGGCGCGAGGUCUACGCGAAGUUCUUCCAGCUAGCCCCCGCGGGCCAGGACUUCUUCAAGCAGUCCACGACUCGGCUGCACUUCAUCUCGGAUCGGAUCGUGUCCAUGACCCUGGAGAUCUACAGGUCGGGCCCCUUGGAGGACAUCUCCGCCCUUGGGCUGCGCCACGUCGGCUACGGCAUCCCCACGGACCUGUUCGGACCGUUCGUCUCCGCCUGCGUUCAGGUCGUGCGCGGCUUGACCGACGACAACGGCAGGAGGCCUUCCGGUGGUCUUUGA